AGAGAAGAAAAAGAAAAGAGAAAUUUGUCAGGUGCAAAUCUGAAGAAAUUUCGUAAUUUCGACGCUCCAAAUGGGCGUGACAGUCGAAACUAUAAAACCGGGUGAUGGUCAAACAUUUCCAAAGAAAGGGCAGACAGUUGUUAUUCACUACAUAGGUUCACUGGAAAAUGGAACACAGUUCGACUCGUCGCGAGACAGAGGUGUACCUUUCAAAUUCCAUUUGGGGAAAGGUGAAGUUAUUAAAGGUUGGGAAGAAGGACUUAAGCAGAUGAGUGUUGGCCAGCGAGCCAAAUUGAUUUGUCCACACAAUGUUGCAUUCGGAGAGAAGGGGCAUCCAGGAGUUAUUCCACCAAAAGCUACGCUAGUGUUCGAUGUGGAGUUACUGCGCCUGGAGUGAAGUGAACGCUAACCCUCAACAUGCUGACGAGUAACCGACUGCUUGACACACCGAUGCAAACCAGACUGUUCGGGAGACAUAUUCAAAGGUUCUGAUACUGUCGCCACACAGAUGUUUCUGUGGUAGUCUGUUCAGUAAUACAACCUAUUUACAUACCUGUUUGUAGUUCUAGAAGAAGCCAGCUUUUUGUACUCUCCGUAUUGUUGCACCCCCCCCCCCCCCCCCCCCCCCCCCACCCCUGUACAUGUGUGGUUUGAUAGGCUGUUCUUUGGUCUUUACUAAUGCAUACCAAUUCUGUUUGGAAAAAAAACCUAAUGGGUAGACGGAUAUACACUGCUGGAAUUGUAUGCUGUAAUAAUAAUAAUUAGUUUCAUUUCAUUUUGAUAUUAUGCUAAAUGAUCUUAUUUUUGACUUCCAUUUGAAUUAAAAAUAACAUUUUAAAAGCCUUGUUUAAAAUGUUGCAGUGAUUUUAACUAUCCUACAUGAUUGUUUUGAACAAUUUGGAUUUAUCUGUACAUAUAUGUUUAGGAUAAAAGUGCUAUUCUGGAGUUAGAAAUUGUUAGUGUUUUAAAUUUUAUUGGGUACAUGUUCAGUACUGUGAGAUUGUUAAGAACGAAUGUGGUUUUUUAAUCAUUAUUUUAUUUUAUUUUAUUUUAUUCUUUUGCAUUGACAAUGUUGAUUAACUAAUGUAUGAUCUUGGAUUAUAAUCAUGUCUUUGUAUUGGUGGUGGUUUUGUGGCACUGACUUCAUAAUACUGAUAAGAGAAUAUUAUUUCUCUUGGGGUUUUUUCAUAUAGGAUAGCACACCAGAAAUGGUACACUAAAAUACUGUGUUUUAAAGGUUAACUUCAUAAUAAACUAAACAUAAAGCCAGACAGUGGCAUUGUUAUCAAGGGAUAACAUUAUGUGUUCUUUCCAUUAAAGACUUCUUUUUUUUAGUUUUAUAACCAAAUGUUUUAACUCUUCUUUUUUUUCAAUAAUAAUUUGAAAAUACUGCAUUAGAAAUGAUUUUUGGAUACGAGACCAAAACAGCAUGGCUUAACUCCCUUGAAUAGUAAGGUCAUUUGUGCUUUUUUUUUAAUAAGCAAAAUAAAAAAUGUGACAUGGGUAAAUCAUAGGAUGAUUCUGUUUGGCAACCAACUGCUAUUACAUCACUAAAACAACAGAAACAAAACAAAAUGAAAGAAAGUGAAAAAAGUUAACUAAAGUUUUCUAACAAUGUAUGGUGGUGAUUAUUAUUAUUAUUUAUUUUUAUUUUUUUGUCUUUUGUCUUUUGUCUCCUCCACUAAAUGCAUAUUAUAUGGUUUCAGUAAGUACAAAAUAAUUGUGUGGUUAUAUCUGUUUUUACAAAAGGCUCCCAACCCCCAAUUGCAUAAAACAUUUUCCACCAAAAAUGCCUUGUCUUGAUACGUUAAAGUUAGACGAAACAAAUUAAGACAUUAUUUUUGACAUUUUGUUUGACCACAGUUACAAAGCAAGUAGGAUUUUGUUUUUUUGUUCCAGCUGUGGAGUAUUUUGCGGUCAUAGUUUUAAUUGACAAAUGUUGACUGGUUUGUAGGAUUACACACAGGUAGACUUAAAACUUGCUGCCACUGUAUGCGUUUUAGUUUUAAUUGACAAAUGUUGACUAGUUUGUAGGAUUACACACAGGUAGACUUAAAACUUGCUGCCACUGUAUGCGUUUUAGUUUUAAUUGACAAAUGUUGACUGGUUUGUAGGAUUACACACAGGUAGACCUAAAACUUGCUGUCACUAUAUGAGUUAUUCUAUUCUGAUAGACAACGUCAUACAAAAAAACUGAAUGUUAUCCUUCAAUAACCUCAGAAAAUGAAGUCAUUACAUCAAAUGAGAUGUUAUUAAUAUGUAAAACAUACAUUACAUUACAUUUACAUUAUAAAUCGUUUGGGAGGGAAAAAAGUGGCUGCUUAAGGCAGGUGACUGCUGAGUACAGGUGGCCACUAGGACAGGUUUGACUGUAUGUCGUUUUGUUUGUAAUUAUAAAAAAAAAAUUGUCCUUUUUAAAGUAUAAAAUCGCUUCUCCACGCAAUUUUAUACAAUUUGUAAUUGUUAUACAUUGACAAAUUUACCAAAAAAAUUACAAUUCUUAUUUAAUCAAAUCAGUUAUUUUUAUUGUUGGUACUGUACAUUGGUGCUGUUGUUGAUUUUAUGUAGAUUAUCAUACUGAUGGAAAAAAACCCAACUUUUAUUACAGGUCUAACAGUGUUAAUAUCCCUAGCACCAUUGAUUUAUUAUUAAGGUAGAAUUGUUCUGUCAAGUACUUUGUAUUAUUUGGCCAGAACUAUAGCGGUUUAAAUUUGGAAUGUUUAGAAUAGGAAUUUUACGAAAUGCAUUGCGGUACCUUUGUGAAAGCUGAUGUAUGAAUAAUACUAGUUAGCUAUUGAUUAUUGAGGACAUAGAGUACAUAGUAAAGUAUAUUUAGAUCACAAACGUAAAAGUGACACAUUUUAUUAUGGAAUUAACCUUUAAAUUGAAUACUAAAUAUCACUUAGAAUAUAUUUUUUAUACAUCAUGGUAAUUAUUGCUGUUUGGUGUUUAUAGUUGCUAUGGUAAGACAAAUGUUAAAAGAAAAGUGCAUAAAGUUGCUAAAAAAAUAUUUUGAAACAUUUUGUCCUAAAAAUAGACUCCCAUUCCAACCACCCCUCAACAAAAUAAACACCCCUGUAGGAUAUAAAAUUUCUACCCUCUGUUUUAUUUUUAAAUCCAUUUUAUUGUUUAGUAUGAUGUAGUUAUUGGUGUGAACAUAUGCAUCACAUACAUAUUUAAGUUAGUUUUACUUGUGCAUGUAUAUUGAUUUAUUUUUUUAUCAAAUAAAACCAGUGGAUUUUUUACACUUAAUAGUCAAGAACUUUGAUUUAAUCAUUCACUGUAAAGACAAAAUGAAUGUUUAAGUUGUAGACAAUUGACCAUUUUUAAAAAAGAUUUUCUGACAACCAUUUUUGAUUUUCACAAGAUGGUGAAAGGCAUGAGUAGUGAAUUUCUAUAACUGUAUCUGUUCUUGUUGAGACCUGUUCAGUAUAUUAUUCAUAUGUGUGUUAAAAGAUGUGAUUUUGUCUUCUGCUUUAGAUCAUGUAAGUUAAAUGAUGAAGAAUCCAUAUUGCAAAUAUUAAUUAAUUUUACAAUAAAUAUGCUUACAGGACCUUUAAUUUUGGUGUGUGAUCAGGAUUUUCAGAUUUGUACACACGUUUUUCAAAUGUGCAUUUCAGGCAACAUACCAGGGAGGCAAAAGUUGUUUUCUUAUUUUAGGUCUUAAAUCAAAACUAAAAAAUGUUUGCACUUCCAAAUAACGUAUUUCAGUUAAUACAUGUAUUUAUGAUGUUAAAAAAAAAAAGUUUAUUUAAUUAAGUAACAAUAUAUCAAAAUGUUUCCAACUUUGUUUCAAAAUUCAUAUACUGAUAACAAAGCAAACCUUCUUUGACUGCAUUUUAUUUUAAUUUUAUUUUUUAAUACAUAAAAAUUAGUAAUAGCAGGACAGCGAUACAUGAUAAACAUUAAAAUAUGUUGAAUGUGUUGUGGAUAUAGAGAUGGCACAUUUUGUACACACCUACCUAACAUUAAUUAUUUGCAUAUGAAAAGGUAAUGUAUGAACACAUUCUGAAAAUGGCAUUAUCAGCGUUAUAAGAUUGAGUUAGAUAUACAUAUACAUGUAUUUCUGAAUUGGACAGAAGCUAUUUAAACCAGUAUACAUUGUGUACCAACGUGUAUGAGGUAGACGUGAAAUUGUUUUCUCCCAUUCAUCUGUGUGUUAUAGAUUAUACAUAUACUGUUUAAUAUGUUUUUUUUAUUUUAUAUUCAGUGUACAAGUAUUUAUAUUUCCAUUAUUAAAGUGUGUAUUGUUUAACAAUACAGUUGGUCUGAGUGUUAGAUGUUCUGUGUUACGUGUAUGUUUCCUAAAACAUGGUUUGUCUGUAGCUGUAUUGUAUAGAUGCUUCAAAUGUCAUCAUCCGUGCGUUUAUUCUGUAAUCGUAUUUUGUUGGCACCGACUUCUGUUUGCAAAUUAAAAAAGAAAAUGUAUUUGUGUGUAUGUGUGCAUAUUAUGCAUGUAUGAAUAAACAUGUUUAUAUAUACAGAUGCAUAUGUUCUGUAUGUAACAGAAAAUAUUAUGUUUUACAAAGA